AGCUUUGUUGACUUCACACGCCACAUUAAUGCAGCGUGUUGCUUCUCUACUGAACCAGCAAAUCCAUGACAGUACGACUACUCUUUUGUAGUUCCUUCUUCAUUUAUUACACACAACACUCUACUUUGGUGUUUGUGGGGCAGAGACAGAUAUUUUUAGAGAAGAGAAGAGAAGAGAAGAGAAGGGUAUUGCUGAAAUGACUUCUUCAAAACUCUUUUCUCUCCUGGCCUCCAAAGAUCGUGACUUUUUGCUCUCCCUCCCCACUGGAACAAGGGUGAUUGCACUAAUUUUGGUCAAUGUUUUGGAAUUUCUAUUAAGGCACAUUUACUUCUCUGCAAAUUGGUGCUGUAACUUCACCCCAUUACUCGCCAACGCUUACAAGCAGCUCAAGGACCGUGGGCCUGGCUUUGAGGUAGUGUUCGUGUCGUGUGAUGAAGACUUGCCCGCUUUUGAUUAGCACCGUGCUUUGAUGCCAUGGCUCGCCAUUCCAUUUUCCGACUUGGAGACGAAGAGAUCUUUGAACACAAGGUUCGGCAUUGAGGACGCCCCAAGCUUGAUCAUCUUACAACCCGCCUACGGCCAACAAGAUUUCACAAUUCUUAACGGGAGGAGGAGCUGCUGCACGAGGAAACGGAAAAGCGCGACAACCAGACUCAAACGGCAAGUGCUUGAUGAAGUUGUUACUCACUCCAUCCCACUAGACAUUUCUUUUGUUACAUGAUUUAAGAAAAUAA